UUUCGAACUGACCAGUUUGAUUCAAUUACAUAACAACUCAAUAUUUCUUUAACUUUUUCAAUUCAGCCUUACAUGCCUCUAUUAAAUCAACCCUUCGAUAUCUUCCAUCAGUGCUAAAAUGUCAAUUUUUUCCAAGCUUCUGUCUUUUGAUUCUGGAGCAUAGCUUGUGACUCUUCUCUAUAUAGCUUCCAGGACUUGUUACUGUCUGUGUUAUUUCUUGCCAAUCAGAACUGAAUGCAGAAUUUAAGAUGCAGUUUGACCAGUGCACUAUAAGGUUUGAUCAUUUAGCUUGUCCAACUUGUAAUCUACUGUUUACACUAUGCAGUUAAUUAUUUUAUAGACCUUGUUAAUUACUGCUACACAGCAAGAUUCAUUUACUUGACUCUCCACAUACAUUGCUAUUAGAGAUUGUAAGACAGGUAACAUGAGAGUGAUAGCUCUUGAUGUCAAGGCUGCAUUUGACUGAUUGUGGCAUCAAGAAGUCCUGGCAAAACUGGAGUCAAUGGGUAUUGGGGACAAACUCUCCAGUGGCUAGUGUUACACCUGGCACAUAGGAAGAUAAGGUCUGACCUUUCUAACCUUGUCCACCCCAGUCCAACACCGGCACCUCCACAACACAGGAAGAUGAUUCUGGUUAUUGGAGGUCAGUCAUCUCAGCUCUAGAACAUCUUGGCAGGAGUUCCUCAGGGUGUUAUCCCAGGCCCAACCAUCUUCGGCUGCUUCAUCAAUGACCUUCUCUUCAUCAUAAUGUAAGAAGUUGGAGGGGGAUGUUCGCCAGUGAUUGAAUUAUAUUCAGCAUCAUUCACAACUCCUCAGAUACUGAAGCAGUGCAUGUUCAAAUGCAACAAGAUCUGGACAAUAUCCGGGCUUGGGCUGACAAGUGACAAGUAAUAACUGUGCCGCAUGGGUGCAGAUUUGGAGCAGUCUUUGCUGAGCUUUGAGAAGUUGGAUAGAGCUUCACCAGAUUUAUGGCCAGAACAAAUGCCAGGUGUAGCAGAAUUUGCAGCAUCUUUCAAGAGUCCUAUUACCAGCUCUCCACCCAAAUGGAUGGCAGAACUUGAAAAAGAUGAUAUUGACAUGCUGAAAGAGUUGGGAAGUCUUACUACCGCUAACUUAAUGGAGAAAGUACGAGGGCUGCAGAAUCUUGCUUACCAAUUGGGACUGGAUGAAUCACGAGAAAUGACCAGAGGAAAAUUUUUAAACAUUUUGGAACGGCCCAAGAAAUAGCUGUAAAAUUCCAACCACUUGCUUCUGCGAGAAGACCCAGCACUUCUUUAGAGACAAUUACUGUCUACAGAUACCUCCUUUGACUUAUUCUUCACAUAUUGUCUGUUCAAACUGCCUAUAUAAUAGAGCAAUAUAAGAUCAUACUUUGAGGACGACUUACCUUUUAGCCUAUAAGGCAAAUUGCUUUUAAAUGGAAGUAGAGACCAUAGUUGAUACUUGGUUGGUGUAGAAAGACAGAGUUUAGUUUGCCUCACGUACGUGAAAUAACAAUAUUGUUAUAUUUUGGUGAACUCAUCUAGAUGUAUUUCUUAUAAUAUGUUUACAAUCUGUUAUUCCCUUUUAACAUGCAAUGAAGUAAAUUUUGAUGUUGCAGUUGAGGUUACUCACAACAAUAGCACUUUAGUUCAAGACUUCUGAUUCAGUACAUGUCCACGUUUGGAUAUCAAAUAAUAAUACGUCUGAAGAUAGGAGCAUUGCAAACAAAAUUGCCUAGAAGUAGAGUAAAAUGGCUUUCCACAAACCCCACUUGUUUGUAUUAGACAGAAUAACACAAAAUUGAACAUGUUUGAUUGUCCAAAAUUCUCUCUUACAGUUUGAGAGACCAUCUCAAGGCUUUGCUGUGUUUUUGCCUUUUAACACAUUACUGCCUAUGUUUUAUCAUAUAUUUAGUGAUAGAGCAUAUAAUAACUAUGUUGAAAUGGUUGUGCAUUGCAGUGGUACCCUAAGGGGUAAUAGAUCAACAGGUUGAGACUGGAGUGUGCAAAAAGAAAUCUGGUGCUGGCAUUAAAUUACUUUUUCCAUCUAAAAUGUUAUGGAACUGUGAUUAACAAACAAGAUAAAUCUUUGAUAUUUUGCUCCAAAGCAAAAACAAAGCUAACUUAAUUAUAAAGCAAUUUAAAAAGGUGUCAUGCCAAACAGAAAUAAUUUUGAUUGAGAAGAGAGAUCUGAAAGAUUUGAAAUUAUAAUCAUAGCUAAGAGUAUGUAUUGAUGUGCAUCAAGCAGGCUUGAUUAGAUGAAUGGCUCAGGCUUGUGUUGCAAGGAAAUAAUUUCUAAUGUCUCUCUGAUUUAUUUCCCUUUAUGCAUCAGAAGAGAACAUUAAGAUAUAUUCAGUUAGUAACUUGGAGAAAGAUUUCUUUUGAUUUUAUUUGUCCUUCUUCCCCGACACCACAUGUCUCCUUCCUAGCUGACAAGGCUGUACUCUGUGUGACCUGCAGAGGUAUAAUUCAGGUGGGCUGCAAACUGCAUAAGUGGAUUAUUGAAUUUUGGGAGAGGGGUGGUAUUAAGAAAACAAAAUACUUUUAAACCAAAUUUUGAUUCAAAAUUUUAAACUUUAAGUGGAGAACAUGAAAGUAAGUAAGUUGUUGUACUUGAUCACAAUAUCACAGAACCAAGUGAAUACCACGGCUGUCGGGGACACAAAGCAAACCCAACUUUCCAUAUCAUAUUUCAGGUGUUGAUGCAUACAGUUCUGUUCAGCCCAAUAACAUCACCACAUUAUUUGGGUUUGCUCAGUGCAGCAUUCCAGUAAAAUGGAGACUAUCCUUUAAAGUUUCAGCCUUGGUAACUGAUGCACAAAGCUAAGCUGAAGUCUGAAUUUAGGACUGAGGUCUGGGAUAAAGUCACAGAGCAAUAUUGGAUAAAAUCACUGGAAACAUUGACCUAUAUAGUGGUCCACAGCCUUAUAUAUGAGGAGCUUAGGCCUUAAGUGAUUGCUUGUAAAGGGGUCUGACAUUUUGUUGUAGAUGUAGGAAUCAUUCAAGGCACCUGCUUCCACCCUUCAACAUUGUUCCAACUAUUAGGUUCAAGCUUUGUUUUCCAGAUGUUUUUGGAAUUUGAAAUCUGAUCUAGUUUCACAAGCAGUCUUGUGCACAAGAGUGAAAUGUUUCUAUUAUAUAUUUUAUUUUUGAAUUAAUAAAUAUUCAUUAUUUUAAAAAA